UUCGUGUAGACCCCACGAGUUGUUCGCACUCGUUUCAACGAUUGCCGGGGGGGCCCCAUUGUCGAAACUCACCGAAAAAUACGUACUAAAAAACUCGAGCUACUCCCAAAACCAAUGAUCAAUCUCAUCUCCACAGUUAUGUAUCCGUUAAAAGUGUUUAUUCAGUGGUAUUAAGUUUAACAGUGGAUUUUCGUGGAUUCCGUUGGUUGGAUCAGUGUUUUUUUUUUCUUUCUUUUUUUUCUCUUUUUUUUUUCUUUUUGGGAACAAUAGGAAUUGAAAGAUCGGUUGGGGACGAAUGUUGGUGGCUCGAGGGUGGUGGCGCAGUUUGUGAGAAUUGAGGGGAUUCGGGACAUUUUGAGAGUGAAAAAAAUACCAAGUGACAAUCGCCCGAGAAAUGUAACCGUGUCGUGACGUCACACGGCUAAUCAAGUGCACACACGUACACUGGAGCACACAGGAAGGAGGCGAGAGACUGCGCGCGCGCGCACUCCAACACACACCACCGAGAAUUGAUAGGAUCUACAGAGAAUUAUUCUAUCCAAAUGGGACCACGAGAGUUGCGCCUUUCAGGGCUAAUCCAUGAGUUAGACAGUUGUUCAACAGUGGAUACCCCAAAGUGACUGAAUCACCUUCCCCCAUCCAGUGGAUCAAUUCAUCACCACCAAAAUCCCAUUAAAUCCGAUAUUUUAGCACUGGACAAGUGGAUUACCUUCGCCACCACUGGAGCAUCAAUUAGACGUGGAGAUCACGUGAGAGAACCGCCACCGCUGCCUUACACACCAAAAUGAUACAGUAAACAAUCAGAUUACUGAGGAUAUUCCAUUAUUGUGGCAGCGAUUAGGUUUUAAAGGAUAUACCGAAGGUGGUGGUGGUGGGGGUUGUACGUCAGAGUGUGCGACAAGAUUAUAAAAACAAAAAAACUCGAGUCUUCCUCUUAUUCCGAGGAUUGUGAAGCUCAGAGAGUAUAAACAGCUGUUCAGUGAUAAAUAUAUUCGUGCAAAAGUGGAAAACCAAGUAAUUCGCCAUAUUAAUUCAUUUAUCGCGAGUAAUUAAUGGUUUCGGUGAUUUAUCUCGUUGUGAUGCCAGUUGAUUAGCGGCUGUGAUAAAUACCAAGUGAAUUGUGAGGUAUUAAUAUUAAUUCGGGGAUAAAAAAAUUGAGUCUCGGAGUAUGUGAAUGUGCCAAGGAUUGUUUACGUGGAAAAACUCUUCGUUUUGUGAUUUAUCUUUAGUUUAACGGUUUAUUGGAUUUUGGUUUUUGGUCGUGAAAGGUGUGGAUUCAGUAGCAAGUUGGCCCGUUUAUUUUUUAUACUGUGGUGCUGAUUUUUUUUAAAAACGGAGCAUUCCCGGAAAUUUCAUACUACGUCCACCCCCAAUGAAAGCAGGACGCACAUGUCAGUUUCUGCCGCUGAAAAUGCAGGGCCUGGCCCUGGGGAGUUGCAAGACCCAUUGUGGGUUAAAAUGAACGCGAUCACUGGUGGCAUCACGAAGAAGAGAAAGAAAUCAGAUGCCAAGCCUCAAUCACAAAUUAACAAGUGCCUUAACGAAAAGAGACGACGCACCCAGGAGAACCUGUACAUCGACGAGCUUGCCGAGCUGAUUUCCGCCACGGACAUGAGCUCUGGCAAGACCGACAAAUGUCAAAUUCUCCAGAGAACCGUUGAUCAGAUUCGGCACAUAAGGCAACAAGAGGGUACGAAUAGUCAUGCCGUACAGCAAGGGGAAGUCUCCUCCUCAAACCCGGGUAUCCUAUCUAACGAUCAAGUUGGACCAAUUUUACUUGAGGCAUUAGAUGGUUUUCUUUUCGUCGUUAAUACGGAGGGUAAAGUGGAGCACGUUACGGAUAAUAUCCAGCACUAUCUGAAUUAUACCAAGGACGAUGUACUCGGGAAAGUUAUUUAUAAUAUUAUUCACCAUGGCGAUCAUCAGUCUUUCAUGCCAAAUUUAAUACCUAUUCCAUUGGGGCUGCCGAACGUCGAACCUCAGCCGCAAGCGAGAAAUCGUAUGUUCAGCUGUCGUUUUUUGGUGAAGCCACCUGAUGAUAAAGACGAGACUAUGGAAGAGAAGCAGCAGCGUGUAUUCAAAUACGAAACAAUGCAUAUAUCCUCGGCUUUACUCCCAAAUACCGGUGAUCAUUUGGAGAGUGGUGAUGUAUCAUCUGAAUCGUCGGACAUUGGUCCAUGUAUACUGUGUGUUGCACGUCGGAUUCCAGUUAAUGAGAAGCCGAUAAAUACAGCAAAUGUACAGCAAUUUUCCGUUAGGUUGGAUACAACGGGGAGGAUAGUAGCCGUUGAUAAGAGUGGGCUUAAACCUAUUUAUUCUCAGUACCUAAACAAGGACCUGAUUGGAAGUAACAUCCAGGACUUGUGUCAUCCGCAUGAUCUCAGUAAAGUAACUGCUCAUUUAAAGGAUACGCUACAGACUGGAGAGGGAACAAGCGCCGUUUAUCGAUUGCGAAUAGAUUCAGAUAUGUUUCUGAAUGUUCAAACAAAGUCUAAAUUAUUCAAAGCUAAUUUGGUGAAUAAGCAUGAAGCAGACUUCAUCAUGUCCACCAACUCAAUAAUUGGGGACAAUGAUUUAGCGUCAAGCGAGGGUGGUCAGCUUUCCAACAGCAAAGUGUGCUCAGGACACUCUAGUAACAAUAGUGCGAAUAAUAGUAUUAAUAAUAACGGUAACAAUAACAAUAACGUUGGUGGUCCGCUAAUGUCAGUGGUACAUGUGAACGGUCAAGUGAGUGGUAUAACCGGUCGUUCAAUGAGCAAUACAAGUGGACAAUUCAUGAGUGAUAAUUCGCUUGGUACUCAGAAUUCAAGUACGACAAAUCCAUUUCAUCAAUUCACAAGUAACGAUGAUUUGGAAUUUGAUAUAUUUGAAAAUUCCCCAUGGAAUUUGGACAGUAGCAGUUGUGCUGAUAGGCCUGAAUCGAGAAAUACAGUGCCAUCAAAUUCACGACCGCCCUCCCAGCCAAAUCCAACAUCACCAAGCCCACAAUCGACGUACACGACAAGUGGAGCUGUUGGAGUAUCACACUGUAGUCCACUCCAGGCAUACAGUCCAUCAUCGAUGAUGGGUGGACAUACAUUCAGUAAUACCUUCCCAUUCAGUCCACUGCAGGAAUCAUCCUCACUACUUGGUGGUGUUAUCAAUGGUAAGGACACCAUUGGUGGUACAUCGACCUCAUCGGGACAAUCUGCAUCAGCAUCGAUCUCAGCUCCAUCAACACCACCAAUAACAAGUUGUACAACGAUAAGUGUGACGUCUGGUACGUCAUCCACAACAUCAUUAUCAACGAUAGCAGCAACACAAUCGACCAUAACAACGAUGACAAAUUCAGCUGUUAUACCAGUUUCGAUACCAACGACUAAUUUAAUGACAACUGUUGAUAACAGUAGUUUAGGCAGUGGUGACUCUGGUAGGCUUAGGAACUUAUUGACUAAAGGAGUUAGUGCUAGUAGUGAUGAGACACAGGACAUGUCUAACAACGAGUCAGAAAUUCAGAAUCAGAAUAACAGGAUACUCAAGACUCUGCUCAAUCAGCAGGACGACGAGGAAUAUCCUUGUGAGAAUCCAGCAAAAUUACGAUCGAGUCCUAGUGUUCAAGCUAAACCUAUCGGUGAGCAUUCCAAAUCUACACUUGGAAAUCACAUGCUUCUGCAGCUACUGAAUGAGAAGAGCGAUGAAGAUGAGGACACGCGUGCAGGUCUGAAGAAGCAGACCGAGUUGCUGCAGCAGCUCCUCAAAAAUCCUGACGAAGAGCGAAAAAUGCAGGACUCAACAAGAGAUAAUGACACACUCCUCCAUCGAACUCUUGGUUUUCCAUCAGCCUCCUCAUCAUCAUCUCAGUCCAUUGACCAUGGGCAUCAUGUGUCCUCCCAGAUUGGCCAGAAGAGGCCGAACGAAGAUAAUGACAUCAACAUGACCACAAAACGUACUAUGGACAAUUCCCAUCAGGUUUCAUCCUCUGGAAGCACCACUGCCUCAAAUAAUUCGCCGAGCAGGUUGUGGGAGAAGAAUAAAAUGCUCGCCUCCUUAUUGGCUAAGCAGUCCUCCCAGCUAACCACUAUCCCACCUAUUCCUGCGUCUGUGAUAUCAGCAACUCCACAGGAUAAAUUGCCCCAAGUGAAUGAUCGAUUGAAGCAACAGCAUCCCCAGCAACAGCAACAGCCAUGGACAGCCAGUGGUAUGCCACAAUCCAUAGGCAGUACAGCUACCACUACAAUUGCUACCUCGGCCCGUACACCCCUUCAAAAUCCAUCGAGACAACUACCUCGCCAAUCAACCAGUAUCUACCUCAGUCACAUGCUAAGUCACGAGAGACCUCAGUUGGGUCAAAUGGAUUCUGAAUUCGCCAGUAGUGGAGAAUUCGCUGGUAACGAUUCAUUAAACGCCUGGAACAAUCAGACAAAUGAUCGGACCCCCGACGAUAUUUUGGAUCUAGUCAUAAAUCUCGACCCAGAAGGAAAGCCAAUACCUAUUAACGAAUCAACGAUAUCGCAGAAUAUGUUGAAUGCUAUUGAAAUACCCCAGAAUAGUUUGCAGAGUGUGGACAAAGAGGCUAUAGAUACAAUUCAAAAAUUCCUCAUGGGAUAUGAGAAUGAGAAAGCCAGUGCCACGUCUUCAACGUUGACCAUGUCAUCGACACCGCCAGCAUACUCGACAGCGUUGGGUAGUGCAAUGUCUGUAACCACAGCCCAUCAGUACCAAGCACCCCCUAUGUAUCAGCAGCAACGUCCAAGGUUUGCCAUUCAGACUGCGCUAAGGCAGACAACGACUGCAUUCACACCACAGCAACAGGCACAACAGCAGCAGCAGCAAUUGUUACAACAGCAACGUACUAAAUUAAUUCAUCAGCAGCAGUUGAAGCAACGAUUGCUUCAGCAGCAGCAACAGCAGCAGCUACUGAUACCAUCGAAUGCCACAGCACCUGACCAAAUAGCUGCUGGUAUACACAAUAUCGACAGCCUUUUGAAUAACACUGUGGCACCCAAUGUCUCGUUACAGCGAUCCAGUGUAUCGGACUCUCAAAUGUCACCUGGGUAUGGAGGCUCCGUCCAAUUAUCUGCUACUCAUCGCCUUCAGCAUUCUUAUUCUCAUCCUGCAACGAUAACACAACAUCCUGUUGUUAAUAACAAUUUCAACAGUGGGCAGCAAGUCUCAGCUCCGUCUCGACUCUCACCACACUCCCCAGCUGGUAUGCUGUCAUUCUCUCAUCCCCAGCCUCUGUCACCUCGAGUCUCCCAGGGAAAUUAUGGAAAUAGCCCACGAAUGUUUAACGUAAGUCAAACACGUGCCCAGCAGCAGCCAGCGAAUCAGCAGCUACAGCAGCAGAGAUCCAUGCCCUCACCUGGCACUGCAAUUCCAGCCCGACAAUCUCCGUAUCCGGCCGAGGCAUUUCCACCGCCAGCCUCUCCGACAGCCAGUCAAUUUCCACCGGUGCAGAAUCAAGCUGGUGCAAACCCAACUGGCCAAUACAGACUCCAGCGAGCAACAUCUACGCCAACAGCAACCACACAAUUGCCAGGUGGGGUGGGCUCACCCCGUCACUACGGUAGUGUGAAGGACCAGCAGUCCAUGCUAUCACCUAGUCAUCAGCGUGCUGGCUGUCCCCAAACCCCCAGCCACAAUGUUCCCAACAACCAGCACUUCAAUCAACAACACAACUCUAUGAUUUAUAGAAAUUCCAGUAACAACGUUAAUACCCCAGAUGUACAGAACAACCAGUUCUGCUACGAUCAGGGGAGUGUGAGUGCUUAUUCGUCAGGUCCUGAGGACAACAGGUCCCUGUCAUCGAGUAAUCCAGCGAGUCAUCAAAUGGGUGGAACGAACAGUGGAGGCAUGACGUCUGAAUUCGUGAGACAAGAAUUGCGUGCAGUUGUUGGAGCAAGAACACAGCAGAGGGUACCAAGUAAUAUGCAGAAUAAUCUGAUCGGCCAAGUGUCGCAGGACGAUCUCGAGGCCCUUGGUUUAUCCUUCGAGAUGUCACCAGCGGGUGAGGCUGUGGUUAGUGAUGGCCCUGCCAAGAGCUGGGCCAUUGGGAGUGCCGGAAGCGCCCCCUCCUCCUCCAGGAAUACUAUGGAGGAAGUAGUUCGAGGUGAUCCGAAGUCGUCACUCCUGCAGAAACUCCUGUCAGAGUGACUGCGAAGUUAUAAGAUGUAUGUAAUAUAUGUUAAGAUGUUAAAACGUAAUAACAUCAAGUAAUAUUGUAUUAUAUGUAAUAAUGGUAAAUAAAUAUAUACAGAUGUCUCACCAAAAACCUGAUACCAGCCAGUCGUACGUCGUGGUCAUAUAGUUAUCGAAAUCACCAGAUAAUUAUCCCAAACACUUAAUCAAUGGGUGAUUGAUUGCUUUCUCCUCAACUCAUAGAGUCUCUGAAAAUUGAAUUAUGAAAUGUCAUGGUACAACACCACGUUACAAUUGCAUUUUUUCCUUCGGUAGAAUUUGUAGAUUUUAUUGAGAAUGAAAACAGCUGGCUAAACAGAAUACAGUACUACGCGUACACUAGUUGGGUACAGUAAACUUUGGUCAUUUCUAUCAACAAAAGGAUGAAAAAUUAAAUAAAUAAAACUACGUAGGUACCUCACCGGUAUACAUUACUAUACCACUGGCUGUUGAACACAUAGAAUUAUUUAUAGGUUUUAUUAUAAUUAAUUCGAUAAACUCCGAUCGAUGGAAAAGAAAUUAAUUAAAUUAAACAAAUGAAAAUGAUAAAAAAAAAUAGUGAAAAAACAAUACCCCUCUAUCCACGUUUACCGCUUAAUUUAACAACAUUUUACCUAUUAUAGGAGAAUAUUAUCUAUAUAAUAUAUUUGUGAUUGUAAGAAAUCCGCAAACCAAAUUGUGACAAAGAAUGAAAAAAAGGGAUAAAGGGGAAAAAUGAGAGAAAGAAUGAAGGAAAAAAAGGUAAAAAGAUAGUUGUU